GUAAAAAAGGCUUGCUAAAGACAGAAAAUGGGGUUGAUGGAGAUUUUCUUCCCCAGGAUAACGGUAAACUUAUGGCCCCUGCAAACUUGUGUGUCAUGUUAGGUGGAUGUUUCCUAGCUGGUGAUGUUCGAUCUAGUGAACAGGUGGUCCUCGCAUGCAUGCAUUCCUUGUUUGUGCGAGAACACAACAGAAUUGCUCAUACUUUGGGAAAACUCAAUUCACACUGGGACGGAGAUAAAAUCUACCAGGAAACAAAAAAAAUAGUUGGUGCUGUCUUACAAAAACUCACAUAUGAAGAUUUUCUACCAAUCAUUAUUGGCCCCACUCUCCCGAAAUAUAAAGGAUAUGAUUCAACCAUCAACCCUGGCAUUCUUAAUUCUUUUGCUACAGCUGCUUUUAGAUUUGGACACAGUUUGAUAAGACCAACAUUUGAUAGAUUGGAUAAGGGAUUUAAUCCUACUGGCAAACCUUUGCUUUUACGACAACUAUUCUUCAACAACACGUUUAUAAAGGAACAUGGCAUAGAUGAAUUGUUGCUGGGCCUACUUGGAAACGAGUCGCAAUGUGUCGACCGUAAAAUUGCAGACGGAAUAUUAAAUCAUUUGUUUGAACGUCCGCGUUGUCCUGGCCUCAACCUGGCUGCGUUAAAUAUCCAGCGUAGCAGAGAUCACGGCUUGCCUGGUUAUAAUGCAUUUAGACGGUGCUGUGGUUUGAAAAAUGCAAAGUCAUUCUUUAAUACAACAAAGGAAAUUCAGAGCCCCGCUAGCAGAAAGCUGUUAUCUCAAUUGUAUAACAAUGAUCCAAAUUUGGCAGAUUUAUGGGUGGCAGGUUUAGCAGAAGCCCCAGCAAAUGGUGGGGUUGUUGGAGCAACAUUUGGAUGUAUUAUACGGGAGCAAAUGAAAAGAACAAGAGAUGGAGACAGGUUUUUCUACAUGAACAAGGGAGUAUUUUCAGAUCAACAGUUGAAGGAAAUUAAGAAAGCAACGUUGUCGAAAAUAAUGUGUGAUAAUUUGAAAAACAUCGUUUCCGUGCAACCAAAUGCUUUUCUGGCAGGUUCAAGAAAACUUCGUCGAGUAAUGUGUGAUGGAAUACCUGGCAUGGAUCUCAACGCAUGGAAAGGUAAAUAGCUAAAAACAGUGUACUGUUGCCCUGACAUGCAUGCACAAAUUAAUUUCUAUAUUUGAGACCCCAACUUAAAUUCAACCCUGACCCUAAUCUAUAAGCUUAAUCCAAACUUUUAAUCCUAACACUUAACGCAUUAAAUCCAUAUUCUCUCAACAUUUUGAGAUAGUAAGGAAAGUGAUAGGAAUGAGCGUAAAUACAUGAAAUAUUUUAUUGUUAAAUAGUUAUAUUAAACACUACGUACUAGGCAUGUCCAAAGGUCGCAUCUUCACGUGAUGGCGCACGUGAUUUUUUUUGUUAUUCGCCGGUCGAUAACGUAUUAUCUCCCUCUCGCGCUGUUGCGAGGGAGACAGCCUAAUUUCGUUACUCUCACGUGAUAUGCUCUCAACCAAUAAAACAAUAGAAAAAUGCGACUUUGACUAUUGAUAUAUAAUAAUAUUCUUUGUUUUCAAACAAUAAUACGCGACUGUUGCUUCACGUGCAUGGUUAAAUAACUUUUCAUCAAAUACACCAAUAGGUGGUUUUCAGUUAAGUAUUCGCAUGGUGGUGCACAAGGUGGUUUACUAUUACACGUGACAUUUAUACAUAAGCAAAAAAUGCUGAAUGUUUCAUGCAUUAUACAACUAUUUGCCACCAAACACAAUGUCAAUACAUAUAGCGAACUAUUUAACCCGCUCAGUAGUCUUUCAUCAUAGCGUUGAAUUCUAUGUGCUGCACCGUCCUAUUUCGUGAAACCUAUAGACAUGCAUCCCAACUGCCCGGCCAUUCAACUAUUAUCAAUAAGAGACUUGAACGAAGAGGUCCGCGUCGCGUGAUCACAAUCCAAUUUAUACAGCAGUUACGUGAUUAUACUUUCCAAAAGGCAUACAGGGUAAUGUCUUAAGUAAGAUUUCGGAAUUUUGGCAUUCAAAAUUUGCGCUGAUGUCUUGCGGAGAAACGGCGACAUUGUAUAGUUGGUCAAGGCAAAUAUAUAUUUCGUACAUCAAGCCCCAUGAAACAAAUUCACAAGACGUUGUGAUAUUGUAUCGUGGAAUAGAAACGAAAAAUUACUGUAUGAUCAUCUUUCAACUAGCGUUGCCUGUUGCAGAGAAUCUUAAUUAGUUUUCGAAAUGUUAUAUAUACCCUUCUUUAAUUUCUCUCUCAUUUCUAUGUUAAUCGUCGUGUCCUAGGCAAGCAUUUGAUAACAACCUUGCAUUAUUGAUGAAUUUAUAUUAGUUUUCAAAAUUAAUGUUGCUGAAAAAUAUAUGGAACAACUGUUAAAAAUAAUAUGAUAUGCAUUCAUGCUUCCAUCCAGGCAGCCUCUCUCUGAUAGUAU